UCAUGACGUAGCAUUUAGUGAAUUAUGGCGAAAGUUAGGAAACGUCAACAUGUGCAAGUUGAAGGGAAAACCUCGGAUAAAAGCUCAGUAUCCAAGAAUGACAGUAAAGGGAUGACGAGCGGGAGAUCAGACGUGUUUCUGAAGCUUUUCGCUGCCGGAUUUUACGGGCUGAGCUCGUUUCUAAUCGUUGUUGUGAACAAAAGCGUCCUCACCAGUUACAGGUAUGCCUACAGUAGUCUAUGCAUGGGCAGUUCGUUGGACUUUGGACACUAAUGACAGUGCUAAACACAGAGUGGGGUUGUUUGGUUACUCGGUCUCGGGGUACCAACAUCAAUGUAGCUGAAUGUGGUGUGGCAUAAAGCUGUUUUACACACACUUUAAUCGUAUUAAACAUUAUCUAAAUGUUUUUGCUGACCACAGAUUUAUGUAGAAAAACACUGACUGCUUUGAAUGUCAAAUUGUGAUUACAGCUUUUUUAUUCAGGGUAAAAUAAGAAUGUUUUAUUGCCAAAUUACUGCCUUUAUUCCUACAUGGUAUUAUAAGUCUAUGGGAAUUUUCACUGAUACUGGCCAUAAUAGUUAUGAUAGGAGCCUACUUUGUCAUACUGUAUGCAUUUGCUGAAGUCACAUCAUUUAAUAACUUUUGUUUGCAGAUUCCCCUCAUCAACAUGUGUUGGGAUCGGUCAAGUAAGAAUGCUCUUCAUGAGUUACAUCAAUUGAAGAGUUGCUUAUAAAAGAGCCAUUUUAUAUAUAUAUAUAAUAUAACAUUUAUUACAAUAUAUAUAUAUAUUUUUUUUUCAGAUGCUGGCUACAAUACUAGUACUAGGAGCUGCAAAGGCAAUAGGUGUUAUCAAAUUUCCAUGUUUGGACAGGAGCAUCCCAAACAAGGUUACACAAUGAUUCCUUUCUAUAUCCGCAGCAUACUAUUAUAAUCUAUUGUACAUCAUCUAUGUACAUUUUGUUGCUAAGUUUCCAAAUGCAACAUAAUUCAAUGACACAUCAUUCAAGCUGAAGGGAGCUCAAUUUCACAGUUUAAAUGGCCCUUCUGUUGCUUUAAAUUACAUACAACCUAAUGUACAAAACAGUAAUUGGUGGAAAUGAAAGUGGGCGGUACAUAGCCUCAAGCUGUAUUUUGUUUUCCUCACAGAGACCCUCUCAGAAACAGAUAAACAAUGGUUUCUCUCAGAGUGGAAUGUACAGUGGGGAAAAAAAGUAUUUAGUCAGCCACCAAAUGUGCAAGUUCUCCCACUUAAAAAGAUGAGAGAGGCAUGUCAUUUUCAUCAUAGGUACACGUCAACUAUGACAGACAAAUUGAGGGAAAAAAAUCCAGAAAAUCACAUUGUAGGAUUUUUUAUGAAUUUAUUUGCAAAUUAUGGUGGAAAAUAAGUAUUUGGUCACCUACAAACAAGCAAGAUUUCUGGCUCUCACAGACCUGUAACUUCUUCUUUAAGAGGCUCCUCUGUCCUCCACUCGUUACCUGUAUUAAUGGCACCUGUUUGAACUUGUUAUCAGUAUAAAAGACACCUGUCCACAACCUCAAACAGUCACACUCCAAACUCCACUAUGGCCAAGACCAAAGAGCUGUCAAAGGACACCAGAAACAAAAUUGUAGACCUGCACCAGGCUGGGAAGACUGAAUCUGCAAUAGGUAAGCAGCUUGGUUUGAAGAAAUCAACUGUGGGAGCAAUUAUUAGGAAAUGGAAGACAUACAAGACCACUGAUAAUCUCCCUCGAUCUGGGGCUCCAUGCAAGAUCUCACCCCGUGGGGUCAAAAUGAUCACAAGAACGGUGAGCAAAAAUCCCAGAACCACACGGGGGGACCUAGUGAAUGACCUGCAGAGAGCUGGGACCAAAGUAACAAAGCCUACCAUCAGUAACACACUACGCCGCCAGGGACUCAAAUCCUGCAGUGCCAGACGUGUCCCCCUGCUUAAGCCAGUACAUGUCCAGGCCCGUCUGAAGUUUGCUAGAGUGCAUUUGGAUGAUCCAGAAGAGGAUUGGGAGAAUGUCAUAUGGUCAGAUGAAACCAAAAUAUAACUUUUUGGUAAAAACUCAACUCGUCGUGUUUGGAGGACAAAGAAUGCUGAGUUGCAUCCAAAGAACACCAUACCUACUGUGAAGGAUGGGGGUGGAAACAUCAUGCUUUGGGGCUGUUUUUCUGCAAAGGGACCAGGACGACUGAUCCGUGUAAAGGAAAGAAUGAAUGGGGCCAUGUAUCGUGAGAUUUUUAGUGAAAACCUCCUUCCAUCAGCAAGGGCAUUGAAGAUGAAACGUGGCUGGGUCUUUCAGCAUGACAAUGAUCCCAAACACACCGCCCGGGCAACGAAGGAGUGGCUUCGUAAGAAGCAUUUCAAGGUCCUGGAGUGGCCUAGCCAGUCUCCAGAUCUCAACCCCAUAGAAAAUCUUUGGAGGGAGUUGAAAGUCCGUGUUGCCCAGCGACAGCCCCAAAACAUCACUGCUCUAGAGGAGAUCUGCAUGGAGGAAUGGGCCAAAAUACCAGCAACAGUGUGUGAAAACCUUGUGAAGACUUACAGAAAACGUUUGACCUGUGUCAUUGCCAACAAAGGGUAUAUAACAAAGUAUUGAGAAACUUUUGUUAUUGACCAAAUACUUAUUUUCCACCAUAAUUUGCAAAUAAAUUCAUUAAAAAUCCUACAAUGUGAUUUUCUGGAUAUUUUUUUCUCAUUUUGUCUGUCAUAGUUGACGUGUACCUAUGAUGAAAAUUACAGGCCUCUCUCAUCUUUUUAAGUGGGAGAACUUGCACAAUUGGUGGCUGACUAAAUACUUUUUUUCCCCACUGUAUACUGAGUCUUGCAUCAGACAAUGGAAACAGUGUUCCUGUUUCAACAUGAUGAACUACUGUGUCUAUAGUAGACUUUUAUUCUGUCUUUUCAGAUGUUUCCCCUACCUCUUCUGUAUGUUGGGAAUCAGGUAUCAGGACUUCUAGGAACCAAAAGACUCAAGUAUGACCUCUUUCUUCUUCAUUGACCCUGAUAGAAUAUUCACCACUUUAUUUCUAUGAUAUGAAGCAUAAGAGUGAUUCCUCACGAAAUCAGGAUAAAAAAGGCCAUGAUUUGGGGGAUUUUUACGACAUUGAAUCCAUAGAAUAGUCCUUUGAAUAGUUUUCAGUGGAUGGCUGAAAACGUUUUACUUUUAAACUCGGACAAAACAGAGAUGCUUGUUCUAGGUCCCAAGAAACAAAGAGAUCUUCUGUUAAAUCUGACAAUUCAUCUUGAUGGUUGUAAAGUCGUCUCAAAUAAAACUGUGAAGGACCUCGGCGUUACUCUUGACCCUGAUCUCUCUUUUGACGAACAUAUCAAGACUGUUUCAAGGACAGCUUUUUUCCAUCUACGUAACAUUGCAAAAAUCAGAAAUUUUCUGUCCAAAAAUGAUGCAGAAAAAUUAAUCCAUGCAUUUGUUACUUCUAGGUUAGACUACUGCAAUGCUCUAUUUUCCGGCUACCCGGAUAAAGCACUAAAUAAACUUCAGUUAGUGCUAAAUACGGCUGCUAGAAUCCUGACUAGAACCAAGAAAUUUGAUCAUAUUACUCCAGUGCUAGCUUCCCUACACUGGCUUCCUGUUAAGGCAAGGGCUGAUUUCAAGGUUUUACUGUUAACCUAUAAAGCGUUACAUGGGCUUGCUCCUACCUAUCUUUCCGAGUUGGUCCUGCCGUACAUACCAAUACGUACGCUACGGUCACAAGACGCAGGCCUCCUAAUUGUCCCUAGAAUUUCUAAGCAAACAGCGGGAGGCAGGGCUUUCUCCUAUAGAUCUCCAUUUUUAUGGAACAGUCUGCCUACCCAUGUGAGAGACGCAGACUCGGUCUCAACCUUUAAGUCUUUACUGAAGACUUAUCUCUUCAGUAGGUCAUAUGAUUGAGUGUAGUCUGGCCCAGGAGUGUGAAGGUGAACGGAAAGGCUGGAGCAACGAACAGCCCUUGCUGUCUCUGCCAGGCCGGUUCCCCUCUCCACUGGGGUUCUCUGCCUCUAACCCUGUUGCAGGGGCUGAGUCACUGGCUUGCUGGUGCUCUUUCAUGCCGUCCCUGGGAGGGGUGCGUCACUUGAGUGGGUUGAGUUACUGACGUGAUCUUCCUGUCUGGGUUGGCGCCCCCCCCCUUGGUUUGUGCUGUGGUGGAGACCUCUGUGGGCUAUACUCGGCCUUGUCUCAGGAUUGUAAGUUGGUGGUUGGGGAUAUCCCUCUAGUGGUGCGGGGGCUGUGCUUUGGCGGAGUGGGUGGGGUUAUAUCCUUCCUGUUUGGCCCUGUCCGGGGGUUUCUUCGGAUGGGGCCACAGUGUCUCCGGACCGCUCCUGUCUCAGCCUCCAGUAUUUAUGCUGCAGUAGUUUAUGUGUCGGGGGGCUGGGGUUAGUUGGUUAUACCUGGAGUACUUCUCCUGUCUUAUCCAGUGUCCUGUGUGAAUUUAAGUAUGCUCUCUCUAAUUCUCUCGUUCUCUCUUUCUCUCUGAGAACCUGAGCCCUAGGACCAUACGUCAGGACUACCGGGCAUGAUGACACCUUGCUGUCCCCAGUCCGCCUGGCCUUGCUGCUAUUCCAGUUUCAACUGUUCUGCCUGCGGCUACGAAACCCCUACCUGUCCCAGACCUGCUGUUUUCAACUCUUAAUGAUCGGCUAUGAAAAGCCAACUGAGAGACCUGAGCCCUAGGACCAUACGUCGGGACUACCGGCCGUGGUGACUCCUUGCUGUCCCCAGUCCGCCUGGCCUUGCUGCUAUUCCAGUUUCAACUGUUCUGCCUGCGGUUAUGGAACCCCUACCUGUCCCAGACCUGCUGUUUUCAACUCUUAAUGAUCGGCUAUGAAAAGCCAACUGAGAUUUAUUCCUGAUUAUUAUUUGACCAUGCUUGUCACUUAUGAACAUUUUUGAACAUCUUGGCAUGGUUCUGUUAUAAUCUCCACCCGGCACAGCCAGAAGAGGACUGGCCACCCCUCAUAGCCUGGUUCCUCUCUAGGUUUCUUCCUAGGUUUUCGCCUUUCUAGGGAGUUUUUCCUAGCCACCGUGCUUCUACACCUGCAUUACUAGCUGUUUGGGGUUUUAGGCUGGGUUUCUGUACAGCACUUCGAGAUAUUAGCUGAUGUAAGAAGGGCUAUAUAAAAUAAAAUUGAUUGAUUGAUUGAUUGUAGGAAAGAUUGUUGACAUAUAUUUGACAUUUGUAUCUAAAAGCAUAUUUGAGAAGUAAUUAAUCAAAGUUGGCAUACAGUAUUUAUUACAUUUUGGCCUUACCCAGGCCUCCUGUAAGACGCCAUAAUGUUUCAUCUGUAGGUGCUACAUUUACAUUACAUUUUUAGUCAUUUAGCAGACGCUCUUAUCCAGAGUGACUAACAGUUAGUGAAUGCAUAAAUUUUUUUAUUUUUUUCAUACUGGCCCCCCGUGGGAAACGAACCCACAUCCCUGCCGGCCAAACCCUCCCCUACCUUCGACGACGCUGGACCAAUUGUAAACCGCCCAUGGAUCUCCCGGUUGCGGCCGGCUGCGACAGAGCCUGGACUCGAACCGGGAUCUCUAGUGGCACAGCUAGCACUGCGAUGCAGUGCCUUAGACCACUACGCCACUCGGUUUCAUAUUAAGCUUUUUCCACUUGCUCUAUUUAAUGAGUAGUAUUUUGAUUUCAAUAGCAUUUUUUGACAUUAAUUAACGAAUAUAAAAAUAUAAACAUGAAUAUUGAAAAAACUGUUUUGGAUUUGGCAUAUUUUUCAAUAUAUUGUUGAACAUAAUAAACUCUAUGGGCAUAUCACAGUUCCAGAGUGGGAUCUCUGCUAGUUUUAAAGUUGUGGCCCAUUUUAUACAGAGAAAUUGGCAUAGUAGGCAAUGUAACCAAUCACAGCCCUCCUUUUACUUGUAUCAUUGCACAUCCUGCAAAUCACCAGCAGAGGAUGACCGUUUUGAAUCCAUUUUCACAUUCACUCUGUUGGUAAUGCUUACAAAUUGGAUCAUAUGAAGAAAAAAAAAUGUAUGCACUCGGGUCUUCGCCAGGUUCCGCUCACAUAGGCUACACAAAGCGGAAUAGCGAGAGAUAACCGUUUUAGAGCGCUGGAGGUGGGAUGAAUAGAGCAGCCAUUUGUGCAUAGUGGCUCCCAGCAUAAUCUCGACAGACCGACCGAAUGAGAGAGGCGUAGCCCCGACAGCCUAGUUUAAGCCUGUUUCAGUGGGCGGUCGCCCCAUAUUGAGGCUCGUUGCCAUAAACUAGCCUACCAAAAUUGUACAAUGCACCAAAGAGAUUUAAUAGCCUAAUGAUAAAGUACGGCCUGGGCACUCACUAACUGUAAGUCGCUCUGGAUAAGAGCGUCUGCUAAAUGACUAAAAUGUUUUUUUUAAAUGUAAAUAACUCUAAAAGUAGCUCUGGAACUUUGAUAUGCCAUAUUACAGAGCAGGUGCCAAUGUUUGCUUUGUAGCACCUACAUAUUAGUGUCUUAAAGGAGGCCUGGGUAAGACCAAAAUGUAAUAAAUAGGCCAACUUUGAUCAAUUAUUUCUCAAUUAUGCCGUUAGAUACAAAUGUCAAAUAUAUCAUAUGUCAACAAUACUUCCUCCAAAUGACCAUUCUAUGGAUUUAAAUGAGUGAAAAUCCCAAUAAUCAUGGUCUUUUUCUGUCCUGGUUUCAUGAGGAAUCACUCAUAAAGAACACAGUGGUAUGAUUGUAUAUAUCCUUUUUUCCCUUCCAGUCUACCCAUGUUUACGGUUUUAAGAAGAUUCUCUAUUUUGUUAACCAUGUUGGCUGAGGGAAUCCUACUGAAGUAAGUUCUCUUCAAAUAUUAGAAACCCAAUAUUUGAAAUUUCAAAAUAAGAUUACAUUAGAUUUUUCAUUGGGUGAAUAACGUGUUUCAUUCCCCACAGAAAGACAUUCUCUGGGCCUAUCAAGGCAACAGUGUUUGCCAUGAUCUUUGGAGCCUUUGUAGCUGCAAGGUAAUAAUUUUACUUGCUUGCUUGCUCAUAGGGUGUCUAGGCCAGGUUGCUUUAAGCAGAUGUCUCGCCCGGCAGGUUCAGUUUGUUACCAUUGCAAAGUCUAGUACAGUGAGGGAAAAAAGUAUUUGAUCCCCUGCUGAUUUUGUAUGUUUGCCCACUGACAAAGAUAUGAUCAGUCUAUAAUUUUAAUGGUAGGUUUAUUUGAACAGUGAGAGACAGAAUAACAACAACAAAAUCCAGAAAAACGCAUGUCAAAAAUGUUAUAAAUUGAUUUGCAUUUUAAUGAGGGAAAUAAGUAUUUGACCCCUCUGCAAAAUAUGACUUAGUACUUGGUGGCAAAACCCUUGUUGGCAAUCACAGAGGUCAGAUGUUUCUUGUAGUUGGCCACCAGGUUUGCACACAUCUCAGGAGGGAUUUUGUCCCACUCCUCUUUGCAGAUCUUCUCCAAGUCAUUAAGGUUUCGAGCCUGACGUUUGGCAACUCGAACCUUCAGCUCCCUCCACAGAUUUUCUAUGGGAUUAAGGUCUGGAGACUGGCUAGGCCACUCCAGGACCUUAAUAUGCUUCUUCUUGAGCCACUCCUUUGUUGCCUUGGCCGUGUGUUUUGGGUCAUUGUCAUGCUGGAAUACCCAUCCACGACCCAUUUUCAAUGUCCUGGCUGAGGGAAGGAGGUUCUCACCCAAGAUUUGACGGUACAUGGCCCUGUCCAUCGUCCCUUUGAUGCGGUGAAGUUGUCCUGUCCCCUUAGCAGAAAAACACCCCCAAAGCAUAAUGUUUCCACCUCCAUGUUUGACGGUGGGGAUGGUGUUCUUGGGGUCAUAGGCAGCAUUCCUCCUCCAAACACGGCGAGUUGAGUUGAUGCCAAAGAGCUCAAUUUUGGUCUCAUCUGACCACAACACUUUCACCCAGUUCUCCUCUGAAUCAUUCAGAUGUUCAUUGGCAAACUUCAGACGGCCCUGUAUAUGUGCUUUCUUGAGCAGGGGGACCUUGCGGGCGCUGCAGGAUUUCAGUCCUUCACGGCGUGCUACCAAUGUGCUACCAAUUUUCUUCUUGGUUACUAUGGUCCCAGCUGCCUUGAGAUCAUUGACAAGAUCCUCCCGUGUAGUUCUGGGCUGAUUCCUCACCGUUUUCAUGAUCAUUGCAACUCCACGAGGUGAGAUCUUGCAUGGAGCCCCAGGCCGAGGGAGAUUGACCGUUCUUUUGUGUUUCUUCCAUUUGCGAAUAAUCGCACCAACUGUUGUCACCUUCUCACCAAGCUGCUUGGCGAUGGUCUUGUAGCCCAUUCCAGCCUUGUGUAGGUCUACAAUCUUGUCCCUGACAUCCUUGGAGAGCUCUUUGGUCUUGGCCAUGGUGGAGAGUUUGGAAUCUGAUUGAUUGAUUGCUUCUGUGGACAGGUGUCUUUUAUACAGGUAACAAGAUGAGAUUAGGAGCACUCCCUUUAAGAGUGUGCUCCUAAUCUCAGCUCGUUACCUGUAUAAAAGACACCUGGGAGCCAGAAAUCUUUCUGAUUGAAAGGGGGUCAAAUACUUAGUUCCCUCAUUAAAAUGCAAAUCAAUUUAUAACAUUUUUGACAUGCGUUUUUCUGGAUUUUUUUGUUGUUAUUCUGUCUCUCACUGUUCAAAUAAACCUACCAUUAAAAUUAUAGACUGAUCAUUUCUUUGUCAGUGGGCAAACGUACAAAAUCAGCAGGGGAUCAAAUACUUUUUUCCCUCACUGUAUAUAGUUAAACUGUUGAAAAGGGAAUUGUCCCCAUUAGUGUGGAAAUACAUGACAAAAAAAAAACAUCUCUCACUUGGUAAAAAUCUCUGUCUGUUACAGCACUGAUUUGGCCUUUGAUCUUCAAGGUUAUUUUUUCAUAAUGCUCAACAAUGUUCUGACUGCAGCCAAUGGGGCCUAUGUGAAGCAGAAACUUGACUCCAAGGUAAGUGGAUAUGUGCCAACAGUUUUUUCCUGUGUAUUUGUAUUACAGCAUAAUAAAAGACAGGGAGAGGCCACCUCACUAUAUAUUUACAAUACAGUACAGGUACUCAUGUUACAUGAUGUUUUAUGUUAUGUGUGCACCCGAUUGAGACAAUGCAUGACUUCUGUACUGUAUAUCUAUAAACAAUGUGGUCCAGUGUGUCCACACACAUAUUGAUAUAAAAACAGACUUGGACAACACAUUCCAUAUCGAUUUGAUACCCUCAGCCCCUUUGGGUCUCACCAUUGAAGUAUUGCCAUUGUGUGUUGUGUUAAUGUUUUUUCCCUACCUGUAUCUAUGUAUUCAUAGGAGCUCGGCAAAUAUGGGCUGUUGUACUACAACGCUUUAUUUAUGAUCAUCCCUACAGUGGCAUAUGCACAUUUCGCCGGGGAUCUACAAAUGGUAAGAGGUCGUUGUGGGUGUUUGUGUGCGUUGCACACCAUGUUUGUGCAUAACUGUUAUGUGCUGUGAAAAACAUCUACUGGCUAUUGUUGUCACCAUUUAACUGAACCCACGUUUGUGGUGUUGCUUCUCCUGUUUCUAUCCAAGGCAUUGGAGUUUGAAGGGUGGUCGGACAUGCUGUUUUUGUUCCAGUUUGUGCUUUCCUGUGUUCUGGGGUGAGGGUAUUGAUAUUUUCAUCAUAUCAUGUUUCAUAUACUGUAGACAAAUGUGCUGAUAAUGUUAGUAUCUUUGACAAUGUAUACCUGGUAUAAGAUUUCACUCCGAUAAUGAAUAAUGGUCUGGGACAAGUGAUUCGUUGUACAAUCGUUUUAAUAUUGUGCAAUGUAUUCCUUGCAUAAGCAUUUACAGUACCAGUCAAAAGUUUGGACACCUACUCAUUCCGGGGUUUUUCUUUAUUUUUACUAUUUUCUACAUUGUAGAAUAAUAGUGAAGACUUCAAAACUAUGAUAUAACACAUAUGGAAUCAUGUAGUAACCAAAAAAGUGUUAAACAAAUAAAAAUAUAUUUUAUAUUUGAGAUUCUUCAAAGUAGCCACCUUUUGCCUUGAUGACAGCUUUGCACACUCUUGGCAUUCUCUCAACCAGCUUUAUGAGGUAGUCAACUGGAAUGCAUUUUCAAUUAACAGGUGUGCCUUGUUAUAAGUUAAUUUGUGGAAUUUCUUUCCUUCUUAAUGCGUUUGAGCCAAUCAGUUGUGUUGUGACAAGGUAGGGGUGGUAUACAGAAGAUAGUCCUAUUUGGUAAAAGACCAAGUUCAUAUUAUGGCAAGAACAGCUCAAAUAAGCAAAGAGAAACGACAGUCCAUUAUUACUUUAAGAUAUGAAGGUCAGUCGAUCCGGAAAAUGUCAAGAACUUUGAAAGUUUCUUCAAGUGGAGUCGCAAAAACCAUCAAGCGCUAUGAUGAAACUGCCUCAUGAGGACCGCCACAGGAAAGGAAGACCCAGAGAAACCUCUGCUGCAGAGGAUAAAUUCAUUAGAGUUAACUGCACCUCAGAUUGCAGCCCAAAUAAAUGUUUAACAGAGUUCAAGUAACAGACACAUCUCAACAUCAACUGUUCAGAGGAGACUGCGUGAAUCAGGCCUUCAUGGUCGAAUUGCUGCAAAGAAACCUACUACUAAAGGACACCAAUAAGAAGAAGAGACUUGCUUGGGCCAAGAAACAUUAGACCGUUGGAAAUCUGUCCUUUGGUCUGAUGAGUCCAAAUUUGAGAUUUUUGGUUCCAACCGCUGUGUCUUUGUGAGACGCAGAGUAGAUAAGAUCUGGUGCAACCAAUUACCUUCAGAAGUCACAUAAUUAAUUAAAUAAAGUCCACCUGUGUGCAAUCUAAGUGUCACAUGAUCUGUCACAUGAUCUCAGUAUAUAUACACCUGUUCUGAAAGGCCCCAGAGUCUGCAACACCACUAAGCAAGGGGCACCACCAAGCAAGCGGCACCAUGAAGACCAAGGAGCUCUCCAAACAGAUCAGGGACAAAGUUGUGGAGCAGUACAGAUAAGGGUUGGGUUAUAAAAAAAUAUCCGAAACUUUGAACAUCCCACGGAGCACCAUUAAAUCCAUUAUUAAGAAAUUGAAAGAAUAUGGCACCACAACAAACUUGCCAAGAGAGGGCCGCCCACCAAAACUCACAGACCAGGCAAGGAGGGCAUUAAUCAGAGAGGCAACAAAGAGACCAAAGAUAACCCUGAAGGAGCUGCAAAGCUCCACAGCGGAGAUUGGAGUAUCUGUCCAUAGGACCACAUUAAGCCGUACACUCCACAGAGCUGGGCUUUACGGAACAGUGGCCAGAAAAAAAUAAGCAAACACGUUUGGUGUUCGCCAAAAGCCAUGUGGGAGACUCCCCAAACAUAUGGAAGAAGGCUAAAAUUGAGCUUUCUGGCCAUCAAGGAGAACGCUAUGUCUGGCGCAAACCCAACACCUCUCAUCACCCCGAGAACACCAUCCCAACAGUGAAGCAUGGUGGUGGCAACAUCAUGCUGUGGGGAUGUUUUUCAUCAGCAGGGACUGGGUAACUGGUCAGAAUUGAAGGAAUGAUGGAUGGCGCUAAAUACAGGGAAAUUCUUGAGGGAAACCUGUUUCAGUCUUCCAGAGAUUUGAGUCUGGGACGGAGGUUCACCUUCCAACAGGACAAUGACCCUAAGCAUACUGCUAAAGCAACAAUUGAGUGGUUUAUGGGGAAACAUUUAAAUGUCUUGGAAUGGCCUAGUCAAAGCCCAGACCUCAAUCUGGGGGGGGGGGGGGGUGAAUAGUUAUGCACGCUCAAGUUUUCUGUUUUUUUUGUCUUAUUUCUUGUUUGUUUCACAUGAAAAAAUAUUUUGCAUAUUCAAAGUGGUAGGCAUGUUGUGUGAAUCAAAUUAUACAAACCCCCCAAAAAUCAAUUUUAAUUCCAGGUUGAAAGGCAACAAAAUAGGAAAAAUGCCAAGGGGGGUGAAUACUUUUGCAAGCCACUGUAUUUAGAAUUCAAGGCACACUUAACCAGCAUGGCUACCACAGCAUUCUGCAGCGAUACGCCAUCCCAUCUGGUUUGCGCUUAGUGGGACUAUCAUUUGUUUUUCAACAGGACAAUGACCCAAAACACCUCCAGGCUGUGUAAGGGCUAUUUGACCAAGAAGGAGAGUGAUGGAGUGCAUCAGAUGACCUGGCCUCCACAGUCCCCCGACCUCAACCCAAUUGAGAUGGUUUGGGAUGAAUUGGACCGCAGAGUGAAGGAAAAGCAGCCAACAAGUGCUCAGCAUAUGUGGGAACACCUUCAAGACUGUUGGAAAAGCAUUCCUCAUGAAGUUGGUUGAGAGAAUGCCAAGAGUGUGCAAAGCUGUCAUCAAGGCAAAGUGGCUUCUUUGAAGAAUCUCAAAUAUAACAUAUUUUGAUUUGUUUAACACUUUUUUGGUUACUACAUGAUUCCAUAUGUUUUAUUUCAGAGUUUUGAUCUCUUCACUAUUAUUCUACAAUGCAGAAAAUAGUAAAAAUAAAGAAAAACUCUCGAAUGAGUAGGUGUGUCCAAACCUUUGACUGGUACUGUAGGUGGACAAUUUGGUUGUCAUAGAAGAGUUUCUAGAAGCCUCACAACAACAUUGUCAACCACAAUUAGUGUCAACAUUUCUUCUGAAUCAAAUGUAGUCAAAUGAUUGUUUAAUAAGAUAUCAUAUAUGGAUGAUUAAUUCCUAACAUCUUUUGUUCUCUGUUUUGGCAGCUUUGUUUUAAUGUACUCCAUUGUGCUUUGCACUCAGCACAACUCGGCAUUGACCACCACCAUAGUGGGCUGUAUUAAAGUAAGCCAUCACUAAGUCGUUUUUAUCAUUGCAACCCAAACACUUACAGCAUUUACAUUGUUAUACACUGUCGUGACUAAAGUAUUGACCGCUGUUUUACUUCCUUCCACAGAAUAUUUUAGUCACGUACCUUGGAAUGGUCUUUGGCGGAGACUAUAUUUUCACCUGGGCCAACUUCAUUGGAUUAAACAUCAGGUAAAUGAAUAUUCUUCAUUCACCUUAAUUCUGAAAGUACGGACGUUCUCUUUUCUACUUCCGACUAUUUCUACUGACAGGUCUACGCCCUAUUUACUGAAGUGUGCUGGGGUUUUUCCUUAUGUCAUUGACUGAAGAGAUGCCGUGAGAGUUUAAUUUGAGCAUCCUUCUCUUAUUGUCUCCCUAGCAUUGCUGGCAGUCUGGUGUACUCCUACAUCACGUUCACAGAUGAACAAUCAAGUAAGCAAAGUGAAAAGAUUAGCCAGGAAAAUGAGAUUACAAAUCCUACGUGCCAUUGUGUGAGAGUUGGUGAAAACAAAUGAGAUUUUUAUUGUUUUUCAUUUCUAACAGAUUUGUUUUAUUUUCCUCUCCAAAUGGUACUGUUAUGUAAAGUAUGUUCAAUAAAAACAGCUGCUCAACUUUCCCAUUGGCUGAUACUUGGCAUCGCAAAAAACAGGCAGUAAAAAGGACUGUGUGCUUGAAAUCCUAGAUUUGGUCCAUAGUUAAUGCUAUUUUAUAUUAUUCUUAUUCUAUUUAUAUAGCCAUAGUAAUAUUAAUAUAUUUUAUGUUUCUACUCAUUUCACUUUAUGGACAAUACAUUUCUGAAAUGUUUACUUGUCAUUUCAACAGAAAAGCCUUAAAUGUGGGUGCCACUGGAAGGUUGGAGCUGGAGAUGGACUCUUUGUAAGACAUGUACUGUAUGUGAAACAUUUUGAGGACUUGGGUGUUUCGAUCCAUGAACAUUUAUUUACCUUUGGCCACUAUUUCAGGAUUUUCUAAUAAUCAUAUCUAAUAAUUAUACUAUCAUGAGACUGAAUCAAGUGUUCUAGACGAUUUGUGCCUAAUCAAGUAAAUACAGUAACUAUGGCCGGAAUUCAAUAAAAGACACGUUGUAGCACUGUAAACAUAUUUUCCGCUUGAGCCAACAUCUGCAGCUUUUACCAUGAAUGUGAUCUCCACAAACAUCUGGGAAAUUGACUUUUAAUUGUCGGUUCUGCAAUGCACUUGUCGACAAUGCGCCUCUGAUUCUCGGCCUGUUUAUUCACAUUGCCAUUGAAUUAUUUGAUUAUGCAAUGAGCCAUUUGAUACUUUUGUUUAUUCAAAAAAGUUUUACAUGUACAAAAAAAAGUGUUAUAUUUUGUGAACCUAAUUUCUAAGCAAAGCGCUUUACAUUUUUUACUAGUAUGUACAACAUUGUCAUCCUCGGAAAUGUAAGUUGCUAUGUUGGUUACAUGCAUAUUUCAAAUGUUGAAAUAUGGCUAGGUUUCAUUUCCUGUCACACUGAUGAAAAAUGUAUGAAAACUCCCCCACUUUUACCUUGUCCAAAUCAUAAUUAAAAUCAAUUUUCCUACCCUCUAAAAUCAUUCGAUUUUAUCAUUGAUAAAGUGCCUAAUUUGCAGUUAGGGCACAGUAAAAACAUGAAAUAAAACAAUACAGGUCACCAGUCUGAAUACAUUUAUUAAAUAUAGCCACCGUUAUUCCAUUCACAGCCAGUCUUGGUAUACACUUCACUUUAAUUCAUGUUGUCAUUGAGGAAAACUUACAGCACAUUUGUUAAAGAAAAAAAAGAAAAAUACUUGAAUCAACAAUUUGAGGCUAACACUUUAAACAAAAAACAGCUUUUUUUAAACCAUUUGUGAAUGUAGACCAAAGCAGGGGUAGCCUACAAAGUAAAAUGUUGAGAACGUCAAAAAGGCUGUAACAAAAUCAAGUUCUCAAAACAAUGUCUUGUUAUUAAGAAGCCUCCACUGGAACUAAAUGGAGGUUCUUCACAUUGAAGCUUACAGUCAAGGUCUUUAAUUACAAUUCGUAAUAAUAAGAGCUUGCUUAGAGGCCAUCAUGAAACUUUGCAGGUAAUGGCAAGUGAGAAAAUAAACGUUACUGGUACCCAGUCUCCAAUUUCAAAAGGCGUCACUGCACCGCAUCUCUCUCUUUUACAUGGAGUCAUUAUCAAACAUAUUUUUGCUGCAAAUACAUUUCCAAAUGCACUAGGUGAAAAAAUGGGACUGGGAAAUGCUGAGAAAUAGGAAUGACUACUUAGAACAGCUCUGCUCGGAGCAACAAGGAGAGGAGUCUUACGAGAAAGCUUACGAGAAAGACCAUAAAAUACAGACAGAUUAAAAGACAUGAUUAUCAAAAAGUGUAACAACUGUACAACAUAAGAAAAUCUAUUCAAACUUCACACGUAAAAUCACUGAAGUACUUACUGUCUAAAAACAACAGACAAACAAAACAAUAGGAAAGCCUGACAAUUUUUUAUAUAUACAGCGUUCUACAGGACAUCACUGAUGUCAGACGCUUUACACAAACAAACCUCAGGGGACAGACACUCCCAUUGGUUCAUUUCUUUCAAUUAAAACAACAUUUCCACGGUUACGGC